GACGUCAUUAAAAUUUACUUGAAGUCGCCCAAAAGUUUUGUUCACUUGGGCGCCGACCAUGGAGAUGCAAAGGUGGUCCACAAGGUGGAAAACGAAAAGGUGGCUUAUGGAUUCCACUGUAACUGCAUUCAUCACUUUAACCCUGGUUCUACAGGCUACCAAUGUCAGAGCAGCAGAUCCGGUGGAUGUGUUAAAAGUAUUAGAAUUUCACAAUUCACCCGAAGGAGUGAAGAAAACAUCAGGAUUUUGCACAAACCGAAGAGCAUCGCAGCCGGACACAGCCUACAGAGUGGCCAAGGCCGAGAUCAGUGCCCCCACCAAGCAGUUAUUCCCAGGAGGUGUUUUCCCUGAGGAUUUCUCCAUCCUGACCACGGUGCGCCCUAAAGCAGGCCUCCAGUCCUUCCUGCUGUCCCUUUACAACGAGCAGGGAGUCCAGCAGCUGGGUGUGGAGCUGGGCCGCUCCCCUGUCUUCCUGUAUGAAGACCAGACUGGCAAGCCAGCCCCAGAGGACUACCCCCUGUUCCGCUCUCUCAACCUGGCUGAUGGAAAGUGGCACCGCAUUGCAAUCAGUGUGGAGAAGAAGACGGUCACCAUCAUUUUGGACUGUAAGAAGAAGAUCACCAAGCCUCUCCUCAGGAGUGACCAAGCCUUCGUCAGCACCAAUGGCAUCACCGUGUUCGGCACCAGGGUCCUGGAUGAGGAGUAUUUCCAGGGUGACAUCCAGCAACUUCUGAUUGUGGCUGAUCCCAAAGCAGCGUAUGACUACUGUGAGCACUACAGCCCAGACUGUGACACUCCCCAUGGCCAGACUCUGCAGGCCCAGGAGCCAGAGCAAGAGUACACUACUGAUGAUUUAGAUUACUCUCAGUUCUAUGAUUACUCUGAGGGAGCCACAGACACCGUUCCAACUGAUGAGUUUUCUGAGCCUCAGCUAAACAAUGUAGAAGGAGAGUACUAUACUGACAGUGACUACGGAACUGUCGAUGGUACUCAAACUCAGUCUCCCAUUGCCACAGGCGGACCCAAUGAGGCUGUGGAGGAGGAAGUUGUCGGUGGCUCUGUCACCGAGGCCACUCCCAUUGGUCAGGAGCCCACCGUUGUCCCAGAAACGGUAGACAACGUGGCCACAGGAGCAGAGGCGUAUGACUUUAAGGAGUAUGACCUAAAGGAGUAUGACUUGGGCGAGGUUGACAGGCGGGUGUAUGAUUAUGGGGCAUAUGAUGAGUAUGGCACGGCCCUGCCCAACCCCACGGCGACCUAUGAUGAUGAGGUGGGGCCUGGGGUUGCUGCCGAAACCGACGUCUCAGAGAGCACCGUUGCCGGUGCCGGAGGAGCCUUUGGCCAGAAAGGAGAAAAGGGCGAGCCGGCUGUGAUUGAACCUGGCAUGCUGAUCGAAGGACCCCCAGGCCCCGCUGGCCCAGCUGGUCUUCCAGGUCCCUCAGGACUACAAGGACCCCCAGGCCCUGCUGGAGAUCCUGGAGACAGGGGUCCCCCUGGUCGUGCUGGUUUGCCUGGUGCUGAUGGUUUGCCAGGGCCCCCUGGUACCAUGCUGAUGCUGCCGUUCCGCUUUGGUGGGGAUGGUGAGAAGGGUCCCGUUGUGUCGGCCCAGGAAGCCCAAGCCCAGGCCAUCCUCUCCCAAGCCAGACUUGCCAUGAGGGGACCUCCAGGGCCAAUGGGUUUGACAGGAAGAUCGGGACCUGUGGGUCUUCCUGGUUCUACUGGACUGAAAGGUGAAAGUGGAGACCCCGGCCCUCAGGGUCCCCGGGGUGUCCAAGGGCCUUCAGGACAAAUUGGAAAACCCGGCAAGAGGGGUCGUGCCGGAGCUGAUGGGGCCCGCGGGAUGCCAGGAGAGCCAGGCUCCAAGGGUGACCGAGGUUUUGAUGGACUACCUGGCCUGCCUGGUGAAAAGGGACAUAGGGGAGAGCUAGGACCGAUCGGACCCCCAGGUGCCCCUGGAGAGGACGGACAGAGAGGCGAAGAUGGAGAGAUUGGGCCCAGGGGAUUGGCUGGAGAGAGUGGUCCUAGAGGUCUUCUGGGUCCUCGUGGUCCUCCAGGCCCCCCUGGACAGCCUGGUGUUGCUGGCGUCGACGGGCCUUCAGGUCCCAAAGGAAACAUGGGGCCACAAGGAGAGCCAGGCCCACCCGGGCAGCAGGGUAUCCCUGGAGCGCAGGGUCUUCCUGGUCCUCAAGGCCCCAUCGGACCUCCUGGUGAAAAAGGACCUCAGGGCAGGCCGGGGUUGGCUGGCUUACCUGGAGCUGAUGGGCCUCCUGGUCAUCCUGGUAAGGAGGGUCCGCCUGGAGAGAAAGGAGCCCUAGGUCAGCCGGGUCCACAAGGCCCUAUUGGCUAUCCUGGACCUCGUGGUGUCAAGGGUGCCGAUGGUGUCCGUGGUCUCAAGGGUUCGAAGGGAGAGAAGGGUGAGGACGGUUUCCCAGGUUUCAAGGGAGAUAUGGGAACCAAAGGAGACCGGGGUGAGCUUGGCAUGCUGGGGUCUCGUGGAGAGGAUGGUCCUGAGGGUCCUAAAGGCCGUGCUGGCCCCACUGGUGAGGCAGGCCCCAUGGGUCCCGCUGGAGAGAAGGGUAAACUGGGUGUCCCAGGAUUGCCAGGCUAUCCAGGCAGACAAGGACCAAAGGGCUCAAGCGGUUUCCCUGGAUUCCCUGGAGCCAAUGGUGAGAAAGGAGCCAGGGGCGUUGCGGGCAAACCCGGUCCAAGGGGGCAAAGAGGUCCAACGGGUCCUCGUGGUGCUCGAGGGGCCAGAGGUCCAACAGGAAAACCGGGCCCCAAGGGUACGGCGGGCAACGACGGUCCUCCAGGCCCGCCUGGUGAGAGGGGACCUCAAGGACCUCAGGGCCCAGUUGGUUUCCCAGGACCAAAGGGCCCCCCUGGACCACCUGGAAAGGACGGGCUGCCUGGACACCCUGGCCAGCGUGGAGAGACGGGAUUCCAAGGAAAGACUGGUCCACCUGGCCCGGGAGGUGUUGUCGGACCUCAAGGACCAACUGGAGAGACCGGUCCUGUGGGUGAGAGAGGACACCCUGGACCCCCAGGCCCACCUGGAGAGCAGGGUCUUCCUGGUGCUGCUGGCAAAGAAGGAGCCAAAGGAGACCCUGGACCCCAAGGAUCUCCUGGUAAGGAUGGUCCUCCUGGUCUUCGAGGCUUCCCUGGAGAGAGAGGUUUACCUGGCGCCACGGGUCCAGCAGGUCUGAAAGGAGGAGAGGGUCCUCAAGGUCCACCUGGCCCUGUUGGCUCCCCUGGUGAGAGAGGUCCUGCUGGUCCAGCUGGUCCAAUCGGUCUUUCUGGUAGAACUGGCCCUCAGGGCCCCCCAGGGCCUGCUGGAGAGAAGGGAGCACCUGGUGAGAAAGGCCCUCAGGGUCCAGCUGGUCGUGAUGGCGUCCAGGGUCCUGUUGGUCUGCCUGGUCCCGCCGGACCCCAGGGUCCACCUGGAGAGGAUGGUGACAAGGGAGAGGUUGGAGAGCCUGGUCAGAAGGGAAGCAAAGCCGACAAGGGAGAACAGGGUCCUCCUGGUCCAGCUGGUCUUCAGGGUCCCAUAGGUGCCCCAGGUCCCGCUGGAGGCGAUGGAGAACCUGGUCCCAGGGGUCAGCAGGGUAUGUUUGGGCAGAAGGGAGAUGAAGGCGCCAGAGGCUUCCCUGGACCCCCAGGCCCUAUCGGUCUGCAGGGUCUUCCUGGACCUCCAGGCGAGAAGGGAGAGAACGGUGACGUUGGCCCCAUGGGCCCUCCUGGUCCCCCUGGUCCCAGAGGUCCUCAGGGUCCGAGUGGAGCUGAUGGUCCUCAAGGUCCUCCAGGUGGUGUGGGUGGCAUUGGAUCUGUGGGUGAGAAGGGUGAGCAAGGUGAGGCUGGAAACCCAGGACCACCUGGAGAGCCUGGAACUGGGGGACCUAAAGGCGAGAGAGGAGAGAAGGGAGAAGCUGGCCCCCCUGGAGCUGCUGGACCCGCCGGUGCCAAAGGACCCCCUGGAGACGACGGUCCCAAGGGCAACCCUGGACCUGUCGGAUUCCCUGGAGACCCAGGCCCCCCAGGAGAGCCAGGUGUUGCCGGCACUGAUGGAGGACCAGGAGAGAAGGGAGAGGAUGGUGAAGCGGGUCAGCCGGGACCACCAGGCCCAUCAGGAGAAGCUGGCCCACCUGGACCACCUGGCAAGAGAGGACCUCCAGGGGCCGCCGGUGCAGAGGGCAGGCAAGGAGAGAAGGGCGCUAAGGGUGAGGCCGGUGCUGAGGGACCACCAGGUAAAACUGGACCGGUUGGACCCCAGGGACCAGCAGGAAAGCCUGGGCCAGAGGGUCUGCGAGGAAUCCCUGGCCCUGUGGGUGAGCAAGGACUUCCCGGAUCCCCAGGACAGGAUGGUCCACCUGGUCCUAUGGGUCCUCCUGGUCUCCCUGGAUUGAAAGGUGACCCUGGGUCUAAGGGUGAAAAGGGUCACCCAGGUUUGAUUGGUCUGAUUGGACCCCCCGGUGAGCAAGGAGAGAAGGGAGACCGAGGUUUGCCCGGACCCCAGGGUUCUCCUGGUAGCAAGGGCGACAGCGGUAUCAGAGGAGCUUCCGGUCCUAUUGGUCCCCCAGGUCCCCCUGGUCUGCCCGGUUCUCAAGGUCCCAAGGGAGCAAAGGGUUCAAGUGGUCCUGCUGGUCAGAAAGGAGACACUGGUUUGGUUGGUCCUCCUGGUCCACCUGGCCCACCAGGUGAGGUGAUCCAGCCCCUGCCUAUCCAGUCUCCCAAGAAGACCAAGCGUUCCAGUGGCAUGCAGUCGGACGCAGCAGGCACUAUCAUGGACUAUGGCGAGGGCAUGGAGGACAUCUUUGGUUCACUCAACAACCUCAAACAGGACAUUGAGCGUAUGAAAUACCCCAUGGGCACACAAAACAACCCAGCCAGAACGUGCAAAGACCUGCAGCUCUGCCACCCAGAGUUCCCUGAUGGCGAAUACUGGAUUGAUCCAAACCAAGGCUGCUCCGGGGAUUCCUUCAAAGUCUACUGUAACUUCACUGCCGGGGGUGAAACCUGCAUCUACCCAGAUAAGAAGUCCAAUGGAGUCAGAAUAUCUUCAUGGCCCAAAGAAGUCCCUGGGUCAUGGUUCAGUGAAUUUAAGCGUGGUAAAAUACUGUCCUAUGUUGACUCAGAGGGCAACUCAAUAAACAUGGUACAGAUGACCUUCCUCAGACUACUGACAGCCUCGGCCAGGCAAAACUUCACCUACAGCUGUCACCAGUCAGUGGCGUGGCAUGACGCCAACAGUGAUAGCUACGACAAGGCGCUGCGUUUCCUGGGCGCCAACGAUGAGGAGAUGUCCUAUGACAACAACCCCUACAUCAAGGCCCUCUCAGACGGCUGUGCGACGAGGAAGGGCUACGGAAAGACUGUGAUGGAGAUUAAUACUCCCAAAAUCGAUCAGGUUCCGAUCAUCGAUGUCAUGUUGACUGACUUUGGGGACCCCAACCAGAAGUUUGGGUUCGAAGUUGGGCCCGUCUGCUUCCUUGGCUAAAUAAAAAUGAAAAAAAAAAGAACUUGAUGGGGUCAGCAAAGAAAGUCAAGUCAAGACAUUUUGGGAACCACCAAACCCCAUUUCUAGCCCCCCCCCACCCUUUUCUAUGCCACAUGCAAGUUUUGAAUAAGAGAUGGUGUAGCAAACAUGUCUUGCCAUGUAUGUAUGUGUAAUCCAGGAAAAUACUUGUUGCCCUUGUAGGGCUAGAACCACAUGACUUAACCACGUUACGGAGCAAAGGUGAAGGACAUUCGAAGGCGUGGCAGAGGAGGAGGGUGAAUCGGAGGUUACCAAGAGGGGGACGGGCGAGGGACAUACUCCUCUUCUCUGGAUUCUCCAGGUGCUGUAUGAAAACGACUACAAUGGUGCUUGUUCAAAACACAAAAACGUAUAAAGA